GUUGGGCUCCCUUUCCACCCUCCUCGCCGAUGCCAUCGCCACCUUCGGUUGUUUUCAGCUCAUUAACCACGGCGUUCCUGAGGCUAUGGUGAAUGCCGCCAUGGACAAAUUCAUUUCCCACGAUGAGACGGGGGAGGAGUUCCUUUUUUAUAAAGACGAUCAUUCAGAUUUGUUGAGGGACUUGAUGGGUGAGGCAGAGAGGAUAGGGAAAGCGGUGAGAGAAAAGCUAGGAGGAAGAAACCAAGACGAAGAAGAAGAAGAAGGGGUAGGUGUUUGCUACGUGAAGAAGCAUGAUAUUAAUAGCAAACACGAAUCAAAGGAAGAAGCUAUAAGGAUGCUGAUAAGAGGGUAUGACGAAAGACACUCUCUAUGUCUCAACUUCUGCCAUGCAGAGUUCCACCUCUAUUCCAAGAGGGGUUGGGUAUCCUUCUCCCCUCGUCACGAUGCGGUGGUUGUAACGCUCGGAGAUGAAGGCUGGAGCGGCAAAUUCAAGGGUGUUGUUGGGAGGCCCCUUCUUUACAAAUCAUCGGAUCUUCAUCAUCAUCAUGAUCAUCACUUUCUCAUUUCUCUAUCCUUUCUCUACACUAGUAACACUCUCCACAGCAUCAACAGCAGAGGAAUUAUCAAUAAUAAGAUGAAGAAGAUGACCAUUUCCUUCGCCCAACAGCUCCUCUUUGCUCUCUGUCUCACACUCCUCUUCCCUUUCUUACUUUCUUGAUCAUAUAUAGAUCGUACUUGUCGUUGCUUUUUUUGUUUUUUUUUCUUUGGAAACUAAAAACAAGUUCCCCGGUCGGUGAGUAUCUCAAUCUUGUUUUAGCCUUUUUACCCAGUAAUGCAUGGCCUACUCAUUCAAUUUAAAAGCCCACUAUCUAUAUCCAGAUAAUGAUAUUGGACCCUUCGCCCUUCUCCACCCCUGUUUUGUAACAUUUUU